ACGAUUCUUUUAGAACAAACCACUUUCCGGCAAACUCCAUUCUCCAGCCUUCAGGUGGGUGUGCUUGGAAUCCCAGCUGACAAUAAUAAUUAUUUUUAAAAUAAAAAUAUGCAGAAAAUGGCGCAGGGUUGGUUUUCCAGUGGUAGUACUGAAGAUCAACAGCAACAACCCGCAUCAUCUUUAUUGGCAGAUUGGAACUCAUACGCCACUUCGCGAGAUGCUGAAGAAAGUACCGGAUCAGGCAUUGGGUUUGAUCUCGAAUCAGCUGUCCGAUCUGCAAACGACACCGUUACUGGCACCUUCAAUGUGGUGUCUAAAGGAGUGAGAGAUAUACCUGGGAAUUUCCAGUCUGCCACCAGCAACAUUCCUUCAGGAAAAGCUCUGAUGUAUUUUGGUUUAUUUCUGGCAACUGGAGUGUUCUUUGUUUUUAUUGCAUUUGCCUUGUUCCUACCUGUCAUAGUACUGAUGCCCCAGAAAUUUGCCAUCUGUUUUACACUUGGAUGUUGCUUUAUCAUUGCAUCAUUUGUGGCACUCAAGGGUCCCAAGAAUCAAUUUGCUCAUAUGACUUCCAAAGAGAGACUUCCUUUUACAUUGGGAUUCAUCGGCAGUAUGGCGGGCACCAUAUACGUGUCAAUGGUGCUUCACAGCUACAUUCUUUCUGUGCUUUUCUCUGUAAUACAGGUACUUGCACUUGCAUAUUAUGCCAUUUCCUACUUUCCUGGCGGGUCUGCUGGAAUGAAAUUCCUUUGGACUUCCCUAUUAUCAUCUGUGACUAGCUGUUUUGGGAGAUGAUCUCGUCCUUCUAUUCAUGGUUUCUCUGUAAAUUUUCUCUCUUCUGUUUGUUUUGAUUUUCUUUCCAGUUAAGAUAUUAACCAUGCUAGUUCUGAACUUGGAGUGACAGGGAUACUGCUGAUUCGCAGCUUUAAAACACAAAGGUUUCAUAUUGUAUUUGCUUUUUGCUCCCUUUUUUAUUAUUUUUUUAGGAUAAAUAACUUUUACCUCAAUGAGAUAUGUCAAAAUUAAUACAUAUGUGCCUUUCUUUUUGUAAUUCAAUGGUUUAAUUUUUGUAUUUUGAUU